ACUCGGAAGAACCAGAACCAUAACUUCACCGGGAAACGGCGAAAUGGGUAUUUGCAGUUCGACGAGCGCGACCCACGUGGCGACGGCGAAGCUGAUCCUGCAAGACGGGAGAUUGCAGGAAUUCGCGUACCCGGUGAAGGUGUCGUACGUUCUGCAGAAGAAUCCGUCGUGCUUCAUCUGCAACUCCGACGAGAUGGAUUUCGACGACGUCGUCACGGCGGUCAGCGACGACGAGGAGCUCCAGCCAGGGCAGCUCUACUUCGCCCUCCCGCUCUCCAGGCUUCGGCACCGCCUCCAGGCGGAGGAGAUGGCCGCAUUGGCCGUGAAGGCGAGCUCUGCGCUCAUGAAAAGUGGCGGUGGCGGGGGAGAGAAAUGCGGGUGUCGCCGGAAUUUGGUCUCGCCGAUUGUGUUCGCCGGCGAGGGUUGUAAGGGUUCUUCCCGGAGAGUGGCUGAUGCCGGCGGAGAUGGCGGUGGUGGAGGGGCGAGGAGGAUGAGGAGAGGGAGUGGUGGCGGCGGGAGGAGGAAGUUUACGGCGUUGUUGGGUUCCAUACCGGAGUAGGGGUAGGGUAGGAAAUUCACAUUGGCGUGGUGUUGUAAAUAUUGUAAUGGUAUUGGGUAAAAAUGUGAAAUAACCCAAAAGAGAAAAAAAA